UAGGACAAUCAAGCGGCAAAUGGAAAGUAUCAGGUCUGGCUGGUUUAUCAGAUAAGUGGUAAUGAAAAUAUAACAUUAUCAAUUGAAAAUUCACAAAACGGCUACAGGUGACAGUAAGCUCCAGAUUUCAGAGCACAGCACACAUUAACGAUCACCAUCUUGAAAAAGGCACACAUUGGUCAACUAAAAUAGAACAUGUCAACAUUUGGAGGAAAAUUGCUAGAAACAUCUCUUGAUUUCAUAAGAAUAGAUGAUUUUCAAACAAGAAAUUUUGAUGGAUCUGCUUUUUUCCUGAGUCAUUUCCACUCAGAUCACAUGAGAGGACUUUACAGCAGUGAAUUUAUAAAAUUAUUAGUUGAAGACGACAACAAAAUGCUCUAUUGUUCAAUGUUUACUAAGUAUAUGGUCUUGAGCAAGGACCGUUGUUGUAAAAUUCCUAUGGAGAAAAUCUGUGCUAUAGAAGUUAACUCUACACUGGUUGUUCAACACAACAACAGGGAGUCUGUUCAGGUGACAGCCAUCCCGGCUGGCCAUUGCCCAGGUUCUGUAAUGUUUCUUUUUGAACAAGGAAAAACUUGUAUACUUUACACUGGGGAUUUUAGAAUCCACCCAAAUGAUGUGAAAAAAAUAAAAGCUUUACAUGACAGAAGUGGAAUGGUGAAAAAAAUCGACACUCUGUACCUGGACACAACAUUCUGUCAUACAAAAUAUCUUACGUUUCCAUCACGAAACCAAUCAUUAGAAGAUAUUGUAGAUCUGAUUGCUAGUUGGCUAAAUGAGGACUGUUUAAACGAAGUGGGCAUUAGGUAUAAUUCUUACCAUGGCUUAGAGCCAAUUCUGAUUUUGAUAUCACAGCGUAUCAAGGAACGUAUCUGGAUUGCCGAUGAAAGGUCAUAUGCCAAUUAUGCUGUUAUUCCUGAGCUGCAUGAUAUGCUGACCUCUGAAAAACUAUCGGCUAAGAUUCAUUUAUGUCCGGUGUCUUCUCAAGGUGAAUGCCAAAGAUGUUUAAGAACAGGAAAGUUCAUAAAGACAAUAAAACCCUGUGCUAUGUCGUUCAACCUACAACAGUUACAGAAAAGCAGGGUGAAAGAGGACUGUAAUGUUGUGAGAGUUGCAUAUGCAACUCAUUGUUCUUUGGAGGAGCUAAUUAAGAUAGUUAGUUAUCUCAAACCCGAGAACACAUAUCCAUGUGUUGUGCCUAACAAUACUAGUCAUGAACAGGUUCUUGAAAACUUGCAACUCUCUGUUUUAAAACUACAAACAGAUGAAAAAGAAAAUUUACUCUCCUGUGCUAAUGAGAGUAGUGAUCAAGAAAGUACGAGUAGCAGCUCAUGGUUUCAACCUACUAAAAUGUCUUAUUUAUCAAAAUUACAGACCAGCAACUUGUCAACAACAAAUAGUAGCGAUGAUUCAUUAAGCCCCAUUACUCCACCAGCCAAGAGGCGUUGCUCUUCUCAGGUUAAUGAAGCUGUUGGCUGUUCCAGUGUACAAUCUCAAGUACAAGACUUAACUAUAAAUGAAACAGACAGUUCUGAUAGCAUAGAGGUAAUUGAAGAACCUUUAUCUCAAGGUGACACCAUUGAGGACGAUUCUCCUCCACUGUGAAUAUAAUCAUUUUAUCUUUGACGCCAUGACCUUUUAUCAUCAAUAAAAACAUUGAAUCUGUAAAAAUUGUUCUAAAUUUAUUCUAUUAUAUCUUUAAAUUGUUACAAUGAUUCUGUACUGUGUAAUAGUUACAUGUACCUAUCCAAACGUACUCAUGACCUCGCUGGUAAAUGAAUACCACUUGUCGACCAGUGACUUAUUGCUUAGACCUAUUUCUCUUUCUUUUAAGUCCUGUUGGAGGGGGGUGGGAUUCCAGGAAGGAGUACACUACACAAUGUAAAUAUGUCUUGAAAACUCAAGUAACUCCUUUCAACAAAAGAACCCACCCGUACAUGAAAUGUACACUCCUGCUUCUUUUUCUGUGAUUUAGAAACUCACCUAAAACAAAAAAACAAAAGUGUAUCUGCAGCUAGAGGACAAUGGCCACCACAAUUAUAGCAAAAAGAAAAAAAAUGAAAAAUUCUAUGUUGAACUAAAAACGAUACAAUAUCAGAACUCGACAUAAACCUUGAUAGAACACCCCUACACAUACUGUCUGUAGGUAAAACAUCAUCUUCACUUAUAGAAGGUAAAUCCAUUGUUCUAGAAGCUUACUAGCAACACAACUCGAAGACAAAAUUCUGACAACAAAAGACAAAGAAUAUAAUCUUUAUUUGAAAUGUACAAUGCAGAAAAAUUGUGUACUUUUUUGCUUGAAUGUUGGUAUCCCAAUUAUCGGAGAGGAUACAGUAUAUCAAAAUCUCAAAAUACUUGUAAUGUAUAGUAACUGAUUUCGUAAGUGUUUACAAAAAAAAUAAUUACACUUUUAAUUAUUAACUUAGAACUCACAAUUUCUAGUAGUAUGUAGUUCUUCAAGAUAUGUACAUACAAUAAAUGUAUAUAAGAAUUAAAAAAAAAAAAUUAUAUAGAAAACGGUUUUCUUCAUAUUCUUGGCUACCAUAACAAAUACACACAAAUAUUUUUUUACAUGAAUACAUGGUUGGAAUACUACCCAAACAGUAAAACUUUAUUUCUGAGGCAUUACAGGUGUAUAUUAUAAUGUAGAUGUUUGAAGUGAGACGUUUAGCGUGUGAGAGAGGUCGCGGGGACCCAGCUCCGUCAUAUAUAUUAAGUAAUUAAGAAAUAAAUUGUCAUGGUCUGUUAAUUUAAGUAUUACUGUUAUUAAUGAAAUUCAAUAAAAACAUUGCAUCUGUAAAAAUUGUUCUAAAUUUAUUCCAUUUAAUAUAUUAUAUGUUUAAAGUGUUUAAUUUCUUAAAGUCCAAAAUUGUGAGUAAACCCUAAAUAUUUCAAACAUUUAAAUCCUACCUCAUUUUUAUCUAUUGGGAGUAUUCAGUUCUUUAUUGGUUAGUUGUUAUACCCUAAGUCAAGGGAUAGGAUGUUGUAUUCAUGAAGUGGUUUCCAAGAAAAGAUCUGAAUUUAUUGACUAAUAUCAAUGAUUUCAAAUGAAUUUUGACAUAAUAGCCUACCUAGGCACAUAUUUUCAUUGUAAUUUUGAUAAUAAUAAUAAUAAAAAAAUAAUGACAUGUUAAAAAAAUGUGAAAGAAUGUUUUGUAUUGGCAUUUUGGAAUGUAUCUGGUAGGACCCCCAUUAUAUAUAAUUAUACAAUUUUUGUUACCAGGUAUAGGUGUACCAACUAAAAUUAUAUAUUGUUUGUAGACAAACUUCUUUAUUCUUUAAUAUUCUUUAAGAAUAGUUUUUGCAUUAUUGCAUUUUACAUAAAUAGUUUCAAUCCAAGUCUCUUUGAUUCUUGAUUACAUAAAAUGUUCAUAUAGCUAUAAAAUCUUGUCCACAUAAAUAUUUUUAAAAGGGGCUGGUGAAAUCAAGAGAAGAAUAUUUUACUGACUAAUAAUUCAGUUAAGUAGUAAAAAACGUAUUUCAAAUAAGACAAGUUCAAAGAAUUUAAAAUUAAAACAACUUCAAAGUCAAUUUGAAACUUUGCUGAAGAAAAUCUUGUACUGAAUAGAAUGGUCAUUCCACCAGCCAUUAAUGAAUUUCUGUCUUCAGUUUCAUGCCUGAUGUGCUUUGCAGCUCCAGAGGUAGAUGGUUGUAGAAUCUUCUUCCCAUGUAUGUCGGCUUGUUUUCAAAUAUGGUAUGGUGUUUGUUACACCUAAUGCCUCCAACUUCUCUAGGAUUAGGUUGUGGCCGAAACAGUAAAAGGCUUUUCUCAGGUUCAAUAGUACACCAGUUUUAAAUUCUCCAGUUUCUGGGUUGUCAAUAAUUGUCUCUAUCAGGUCAAUGAUAGCAGAGCUUGUAGACCGCCCUCUGAUGUAGCCCUGUUGAUGGGGACCCGUGACGAGUAUAGUAGAUAGUGACUGAGUCUGACUUGGACUUUUUAUGUCUAGUUUUUCUUUUGGGACAUACUGUGUACAAGUAGAGGGCCAGUUGGUUACUGAAUGAGUUAAAAGCACCAAGGAAUAAAAUCUUCCCAUGUUUUAACUUGGAAUAGAGCUUUUAGUUCAGUAAGGUUACGCUCAUUAAAUUUUCUGUGUCUUGUUGAAUGGAUGUGUUCUGUCAGAUUGGUUAAAAGUGUACACAUUUGAACUGUGGUCUGACAUUCCUGCGUGAAUAAUUUGCUGUCAGAUUUGUGCUGUCUAUGUUGGAACAGAUCCAGUCUAUUUACGUGUGAGUAAGGAAUUAUUCUGGUAGGUGGCAGGUUUAGCCUCACAAUGUAAUGGUAUGCUAGUUUUUCGUUUAGCUUUGUAGUUCUUGUGUCAGAGUUUACGGUGUCUAAAUUAAUGUCUCCCAUAAUAAUUAACGAAGAAUUUUCUGUUUUGGGUUCUAAAGCUCUUCAGGGAAUCUGUAUGUGCCCACAAUGUACAGAUCUUUUCUUUCUCUGCUGUUUUUACGAUAACCGCUUCAAAGAAGUCUAUGCUGAGGUAAGAGAUGGUCAAUGAGCUCACUAACAUUUUCUAGUUUUUCGUCAACAUAAAUUCAAACACUCCCCUUUGUAUGGGUUUCUCUGCUGUGAUGAGCUUUAAAAAAGUAUCCUGGAAGUAAUUUGGUAUUUUUCAAUAAUAUCUGAUUUUAGGCCAUGCUUGAUUAUAAUAAGUACAUUUGGUGCUUCGUCUUUAACUAGAUAUAUUAGUGUUUCUGUUUUGUAGGAUACUUUUUGGUUGUUCUGAUGGAGGUAAGGGAUGUUUCUUCUGCUGAGUUGAGCUUAUGUUGAAGUAUCAUCUUUGGCGCUGAGGAUUGCUCAUAUCUUCUUGCCGGGGUUUGGUCUUUGGAGGUAUUUCUAAAAAAUAAAUCAUCCAGUAGGGCGUUCAAGGUGCUUGUUCGGAAGAGUAUUUUUUUCAUCAUCAGCUAACGUUGUGGUUGGUGUACAGGUAACUAUUUGAUCUGGUUUAGAGGCUGUUAUUGUUAUAAAAACUGGGGUUUCAUACUUACAAAUUGAGUCUGAUAACCAUUUCUGAUAUUAAACAUUGAUGUCUUUGAAGUGGUCUAUGUGUUUCAUAAAAAAGUCUGAGAGUUUCUUGAUCACCUUGUAUUUUUGUAGUCAUAGGUGGAGUAACUUUCUUUUGGAGUAAGUUUUUUAGUAGGAGUUUGAAUGUCUCUCCAAGUCAUGUCCUGGCUUAGUUGUUUGGUAGGAGUUUGGUUCUCUCUUCUAAUCAUCUCCUGGUUCAGUUUUUCUGUGGGAGUUUAUAUAUCUAUAUUUAUGUUGUUCUGUUUAAGUUUAAGAUUGUUGUAAGUGUUGUAAGUUUACUUAUUAUUCUAGCAAAACUAGUUUUAAAUACAAGCUUUAAAUAUGUUGAAUAUUGUAAUUGAGGUACAUGUGUGGCAGUUAAGUUAAUUUAUUGUACAUAUGUGAAAUUCGACCAGAUAUGCUGUGAUAUUAAAUUAAGUACCAAAUGGUAUGUGUUUUAGUGUCAUACUAUGUAUUUGAAAUGUGUAUAAUACAAAUAGUCUAAUAUGUACAUUUAUUUGUUUGUGCUAUUGAAUAUUAAUGUAAGUACCUAAUUUUACCAAUAAUGUAAAUCCAACUAGUUGGUUAGAAUAGAAUAAUAAUAAGUGCACUUUGUGUGAAGUUGACAACCACAUUAAUGCCAUUCAUUAGAAUUAAACAAAUCUUGUGUCCAUUGUCACAUAAAAUGUUUCAAGGUUUGUGUUUAAUGUUGUUUAUUAACAUGGUAUAAAAUGAAUUUUGAAGACUAAACAUUCCAUCCAUUAGAAUUAAACAAAUGUUGUGUCCAUUGUCUCAUAAGAUAUUUCAAGGUUUGUGUUUAAUGUUGUUUAUUAACAUGGUAUAAAAUGAAUUAUGAAGACUUAACAUUGUUUUAAAAUCAUUAAAAAAAUACUCAGCUGUUGUGAAUAGUAAAAAAAUAGACUAUAAAGUACGACUAAAUAGUGCUGUGAUCAUAAUGACUAAGUUGUGUUGUUGUCUGAAUGUGUUAAUAUUUUUUUAAAAAUACAUUAGUUACUACAUUUUAUGAAAGAA